GUUUUUUUUUCGAUCAAUAAGAAAUUUUGAUUGAUUAUUAACUGGAUCCCAUAUCUAGACAGCAUUUGCAAAAAUCUCUCAACUACCGAUUUGGAGUUUCAACCGAAGUUGUGUUCGAGGACUUGUGAUUGGCUGCUUGAACAUUCGUCUUUUAACUGUUCUGAGGUUGUGGAUAUUGAUGAUACAUGUAGUUACGAAGAGGUCUACGGCGAACUGCAGGCAGACGAGUUCAUAUUCGAUGACAUGGCUUCACCUCCGAAUGAAAUGGUCGACGACUGUCUCAGCUGGACAGAUUCAAGACUGAUGGUUGAGCGGGAUAAGCAGUUACUACCCUUAGUUGAUAACAACCACUGCUUUCGUCUUUGGAGUGGCGAGCGAUGGUUUUGCUUUUCCAGGCGUGCGAACCGUUUUCGUCAGUGUCACUAUCUCGUGAAAAAUCUGAUCCAGGAGCAGAGUAUGUUGCGCAACCUCCCAAGAGAGGAAAAGUUGCCUCUGCUUUCAUUCUUGCUGCAUCAAUCAGAUGACGGGUCUUCUUACAAAAUAACUAAAAUAGGAGGUGUAACAGUCGUGAUUACUGUCCUAUUCUUAAUCAUUGUGAUUUCGGCUUGUACACUCGCGUUUGUCAAACUGAGAGCGAAAUCUAACAGGGGUUCGGAUGAUUAUCAAAGUAACAGAGGUUGGCGUCGUGAUGGUGUUGUGGAUCUGCAUAAUCAAAACGUAGUUGUGAUGCAUCGAAUUCAUCAACCUUCGUGUUCAAAUGCGGAAAACACGUAUAAUGAAAUCUACUGCACAUUAUCAUCAGUAAAUAACAAUUACCGUUCGAGGUUGUGUAGUAAUGCGGUUAGUGACAGGACAGUUUCAACGUAUGUUGGUCUGGAUUAUGCUUUGUUGGGACCGAACUUUGAAUUUGCGGCGGAUAAAGUGGUACAGCUAAGGCAGCUUGACAGUGGCGAAUACGGAAAGGUAUCUCUGGCUAUUAUCACCACUACAGGGGAGCACGUGGCAGUGAAGAUGGCGGCCACUAACUUCAGUUGUCUCUCGACUAGUUUAGAGUGCAGAGAGGCAGAAGCGAAGUUGAGGAAAGAGGCCCAGAUCAUGCACCCUCUCAGACAUCCAAAUAUCGCCAAACUGAUCGGCGUAGUGAGCACAAGUCGAGCAGCCCCGUUCCAGAUUCUAAUCGAGUAUCAAUCUUACGGGAACUUGAACUCAUUCCUGAGACAGAAACAGAGAGACAAUGAAUCCCUCUCCCUCUACAGAUUGCACAGCUUCAGCCAGCAGAUCUGGAAUGGGAUGAACUACUUGAGUGAGAGACUAAUUGUCCAUAGGGAUCUGGCCACUAGGAAUUGUCUGUUGGCAAAUGCGGUUACAGUCAAAUUGGGUGAUUUUGGGUUUGCGGAACAGCUCCAGUCUCUGGAUGACUUUAUCCAAGUGAACGAUGACUCAGACUUGCCUCUGCGCUGGCUGCCUCCUGAGAUGUUGAGUGAGGUGAAGUACUACCUCAAGUCAGAUGUCUGGCAGUUCGGAGUAGUCAUGUGGGAGAUAUACUCUCUGGGCAUGAAACCUUACUGUGGAAUCAGCAAUAGAGAUGUCAUCCAGUACGUGUUGGACGGAAAAGUGUUGCCCAAAAUGGAGCCAAAGCAGGAUCCGCAUGGACUGGGACCCAAUCUGAAAACGAGAGACUACCCGGACGCUAUUUAUAAGUUCAUGAAGAAGUGUUGGAAGUUCAACGUCGCUGAUCGACCCUCGUUCGGAGACUAUGCAGCUGCAGAAGAGCUGUUCAAUCUGGUAGACGUGAUCACUCAGUUCUGUUCAUAUCAGAACGUAGAACUUUUCUGAGAAGACUAAAGAAAGAAAAGUAGAAAAAAAACUGUAUUUAUCACUCUUAUUUAUCAAACUAAAGCGGACCCUCGCUUAUUGUUAAUUAAACUCUGAUAGUUGGCCUAUUGUCCGCCUGUUUUAUCAAAUCAUUUUGAUUUGAUUCGUUUCUUUUAGUUUAAAUAUUCUACUUAUUCUGUUGUUAAGAAAGGAUAAAAACUCGAAAUUUAUUGUUAGUUGAUGAAUUACUGAAUUUUUCAAACCGUUUGUCAUCUCGAGUUUUAGCAUAUGAUAAAGUAAAUUAGUAGAUACAGUAUUUAUUCAGAUCUUAACCUGUCAACUGACUUUCCUGUAAAUUUUGCUUCUUUGUAAAAUAAAUAUUGCUGCUUUGAAUUGUGUUUGUCCAAGCUCUUGUUUUUGUGGCUUUGAUUUAGAUAGAAGUGCCUUAUCUCAAUUUAUUUUUCUCAAACUGA